UUAUAAUUCCGCCAUUGAAUAUAAGAGCAAUAACUUCCGGUGCGGUGAGGCGAGUUCAGUUCCCAAUUCCCUCUCUCUCUGAGACUGAGUAAGGUUUGAAGCAGCGGAGACAUGUUCCUUGUGGCCAUAGUGGCGGAGCUGCUGGAGGAGUACACGGUGGUGGUCACGCGCGUGCUGGAGCACAUCCUGCACGACGCGCCGCUCCCCUUCCCCCGCCGGGUGCGUUUCCUUAUUCUACGAAAUCUCCCCUUCGCUUCUCCUCCUUCCCUUCAUUCUUCGCACCGCCUCCCCACUAUUAAUAAUUCCUCCGCCGAUCGUCUCCUUCAGCCGCUGUGAAUGUAAUAUGAAUCUGUACAUUCCUGACCUGUGUACUCUCGGUUUGGUUUUUUUUUUUUUUUUUUUGAAUUCUAAUACGAUGUUGUUGAUUGGGAUGAGAUUCGGAUAAAUCUGAUUUUUGUAAAUUGAGAUAGAUUGGCAGUGUAUCCUGUUAGUACUUUCUGUAGUUGUGAGUAAUCAAUCUGUAGAGUUAUGGAUCCAAAUUUUGAUUUACCCUUGCUUGUUUGUUGCUGCGAA